GGAAGCACGCACGAUCCGUUGCAUAAUGUUUGCGCGUCUACCACCCUUCGUGUAGCUUACGCGCAAUAUUGUGGUGCGAUGCAACUAUUCGCUCGCACAUCGUACACCCGACGCAAUAUCAAUCAGUCUCGCUGCUGUUAACAGUAUCACACAAAACAUUAUACUAUACAUUUAUAGAGUAUUUGUUUUGAUUCGCGUCUUACUCGUCUACGAUCUUACAGCCGACUGUAUGAAAAAUAAUAAAUGUGCGAAUAUAUCAUUUGAUUAGGUUCGAAUACACGUAACAAUAAAUAAUCGAAUUACUAUCAUCUACAACGGCGACAUGUACGCGGACAUUAACGGAGAGUGUCUGUCCGCUAGGUGAUCUUGCUGAUCUGCAGUUAGGGUAUAAUGCCAUUUAUACCCGAACAACGUCGCAUAAGCUCGACCACCAAAGGUUGUGAAUGCAAAUUACAUUAAAUAUACGAGGUAGUUUGCGAAUUGUCACCCUUCUGCCAGGAAAUAGUGCGAAAAAAGGGGGAAAAUCUCGCAGCGCCAAUAAAUUAAAUAUUGAUUUAUUUUUUAUGCAAUGAACAGGUGCCGGGAAAGUUUCCACGUUAUGUACAUGUUAUAUAACAAUAUGUACAAGAUACAAAACUAAGAGAAGCAUUUCAAUGGAGAGAAACGUGGAAAUGUUUUGUUCUGACUAUGGUCAUUAUCAUAUUUAUACUUGGAGUACUUCGAGAUCCGUCAAAUGUGGGUCUAUCAAAAAAUAAUUGGCUUGAAUACAUUUAUUGCAUUCUAGGAUGCCUAUUUUUGUACAUAUUUUAUAUUGUAGAAUGUCGAUAUAGCGAGAUUGUAUGGGAUCUGGCAGAAACAGAUCUCAUGCCAAUCUCAGCAGUUUCUGAAUAUAUUGUACGACUUAAAAGAGCUGAGCCUCAUGUUUGGUGGCAAGCAUCUUGUUACCAUUUCGUAGAACAAAAGUCCCCGAGACGAAAUUCAAGACAAAUGACAAGGGUAAAUAUGCAAGUGACCCGAGUUUCAUUUGACCAUCGAAAUUUCGGUUACACAGAUAUAUCUGAUUAUCUUGUAUUUUGUCAAAAAAGUCCGUUGGUCAAAAUUGAAUUUAGCAAAGGAUUCGCUUUUGCUAGACCACGACACGCUGAAGAAUUUGAAAACAUUCGCGGUGAAUUCUUUUCGGCGCAUGAACCCGUAGACGAUCAUAUAGAAAAAAAAGAAGGUUUGGACCUGGCCGGCGUCGAGUUCGAAGACUAUAUAUGUGCUGGUCGAUUUCCACGGUUCAUAAAUACCACGACUUACUGGAUAUGUUCAUUCUUGUUAUUGUCGUGGCCCUACAGGGUUUAUGUCAAUUAUAAUACAUCGUACGCACAUUAUACGAUCACCAAGCUGUUCGGACACGUGCGCAUGAUACCCAGCUACUCGGAAGCGAUGCUGUUGGACCCGGCGCCGCCCGCGUACGUCAUCGACUGCCCGUCGUCGUUCGACGUGUACGAGACGCCACAGACGAUGACCGUAUUCCGCACGUGUUCGCCGGACUACGUGCCCGCCAACCUGGUCCGUUACAUCGAGUCCGGUCCGUACGCGUAUCCGCCCACGUACGAGGAAGCGCUCAGGUACCCACUGUUCGAGCUUUCCGUCGACGACCGGGGCAACAACAACGUGCAGCGCGCCUCCGGCCGGACCACCAACUCGACGGCAAUCACUUUCGAGACCAGCUUAUAAUGUUAUUUGAAAUGUUGCGCGACCGCGUCGUGUUCAUAUCGCGGUUAGGUUAAUAUUCAAUACCGAUGUCGAUUGGUGGUCGAUGACUUUUUUUUCCUCGACUUUUUCCUAUCUAAUUAUCAUUUAAACAAUCUCACCGGUAUUUUCACACUAUGCUCGAUGAUCAAAACGAUAGAACAGUUAUCAAUGCCAAAAUUGACUAUAGUAGUGCCUUGGAACGACAUGGUUGUGAAAUAAUUUUAUAAGGUUAAUAUCGAACACACACACACAUGAAUUUAAUCAGUCAUCUGCGUUGUAAUAAAUUAAGGUAAUAAUAAUAAACACACAUGAUAUUCCCCAGGGAAAGUUAGGUCGUGUUUUUGAAACUUCUACGAGAAACUUCUACGAGAACAAAUAAUAUUUUUUGUAUAAUAUACAUUCGUCGGAUAAGUAAGGGACUAUUAAUAGAAAAUAUAACCCAU